AUGGCGUCUGUUGGUGGUAAUAUUGAUAAUUCUGCUACAUACUCUGAAACUAGCACAAAUCCAAUAUUGAAUGGCACAACAUCUUCUUCAAUUCUUUUAUCUAAUGGUGAGGAAACGGGCAAUAAUGCAGUUAUAUUAUUUUUAUCGUUUGCCAUUCUUGAGGCAUGCCUAUGUAAAAUGAUAUUUUAUAAAUUAUUAAAAUAUAAAAUUCCUAUCCCGUUUACCGUAGUUAUUCUAAUACUCGGUUUCAUCAUUGGUAUGAUUGUUAUGCAAAUUAAACAUGUUGACAAUAAUUUUUUACGUGGUGAAAUUCAAUUUAGUCACAUCAAUCCACAUUUAAUUUAUUACAUUUUCUUACCACUACUUAUUUUUAAUUCAGCAUUUAAUGGUCAUUUUCAUAUUGUUAAACAACAACUUAUAUCCGCCAUACUGUUAGCUGGUCCUGGCGUAUUUAUAGCAACAGGCAUUAUUGCUUUAUGUAGUAUAUACAUGUUUUCUGGCUAUGAAUGGAAUUGGAUUACUGGAUUAUUAUUUGGUAGCAUAUUGAGUGCAACUGAUCCAGUAGCCGUGGUAGCUUUAUUACAUGAUUCAGGUGCAAGUAAAUCUUUAGCAUCACUCAUUGAUUCAGAAUCUUUGUUAAACGAUGGUUCUGCUUUCGUACUAUCUUUAAUAUUCAACAAUAUUCUGGUUAAAGGUGAUCAUAGUGCAAAGAAUAUUGUUAUUCAAAUUGUUAAAUAUACUAUUGGUGGUCCAGCUUUCGGUUUUGUUUGCGGUUUAAUCAGUGUGUUUUUAUUGAAUCGAAUUAAUAAUGAACUUGAAGUUGAAAUAACUUUGACAUUUGGUAUUUCCUAUUUGGUAUUUUAUGUGGCUGAUGCUGAACUGGGUGUAUCGGCCGUACUCGCACUGGUUGUCAUGGGUCUUUAUAUGGCUAAACAUAAAUAUUGUAUUAGUAGUAAUGUACAAUUGCCAUUAGCAAGUGUAUGGCAAAUAUCAAUUUAUUUUAUUAAUAUCCUGAUAUUCACUGUGACCGGUUUAAUUGUUGCCGAAUCUUUUAUUGGUACAGCAUCACACAUUGAAGCGAAAGAUUUUGGAUAUUCUCUUUUAUUGUAUUUAAUGAUACAUUUGGGUCGUAUAUUAACAAUAAUUGUCUUAUAUCCUUUAAUUAAAUGGAGUGGUGUUAAUUUAAAUUGGAAAGAAUGUAUUAUUCUAAUAUGGAGUGGUCUUAGAGGAUCUAUGGCAUUGAUCUUGGUCUUAAUUAUCUAUCUGGAUUCUAGAAUUGAUAUUAUUACAAGAGAUCGUUUUCUAUUUCAUGUUUCAAUGAUUGUAUUGUUAACAUUAGUCAUUAAUGGUACAAGCAGUAAAUUUCUUGUUCACCUUCUUGGUUUACACAAAGGGACAAAAGAAAGUCAAGCAAUAUUAAUACAAGCACUCGAACAUAUGAAAUUAGCAACAUCAAAACAAUUAAUAAGAAUGAAAGAUGAUGUCAAAUUUAAAGACGUUGAUUGGAAUCUCUUACAACAAUAUUUACCAGAGAAAUUAUUAGAAGAAUUAGAUGAAGAACAAGAUACAGAUAUCCAUAGACAAUUAACACAAACCGUUAGUACAAAUAAUGAUCAACAAGAAACGUCUCAAAACAUCAAUUUUCAAACAUCGUUUACACCAUCUAUUUAUCAAAUUAAUUUAUCGACGGAUUUAAACACUAAUGAAAAUAAGUCGAGUAAUAAUCGUCAAGUAGGAUCAAAUUUAACACAUAAACAAGGAUCUACAUCAGUAAGACGAUUGUCGGUAAUGCCCAUAGUGAACACUGUAGUUCGUGAUCAACAAGAAAGCAAACAUUGUAAAAAUAUUCGUGAUGAAAUGAUUAUUCGUCUUUUAACAGCAAUGUCAAUUGAUUAUGAAAAACAAUGGUAUUUAGGUAUGUUAAGACGGAAAACUCUUGAUAUUUUAAUUAAAUCUGUUGAACAAGCAAAACAAAAAUGUUCAUUAGAAUUACAUUGGAAAUUAAUAACAGAAAAGUUUAAAAUGUCGAUAUUCUUACAAUAUCUCUUAAAAUUGGAUCAGUUCAGUAUAAUCAAUAAAUUUACAUCGAAACAAAUAUUUGAACAUUUAACAUUAAUAACAGAGUUAACAUUAGGUAAGUUGAACUAA